CGGAUUCAGAGAGGAUGGGAGUGGGGGUUCAGACCCCUUGUAAGAUUAUCGAGGAAUAAAAAAAAUCAUAUUCUCCCCUAAUCUUAUACAGACCAGUUGUGAAAUACUACUGAUUAGACCUAUAUAUGUUUGACCCACGUAGCAAAAAAGCAAUGAUGGACCCCCUUGAAAUUUUUUGGGAUCUGUACAAGGUGAAAAUGUGAUGUGUAACGGUCUGCUUCAUAAGUAGAAUUUUGCACACUGUUGGAAUAAUUUUCCCGUUCGUAAACAAGUUUAAUGCCUAAUUCAUGUGUGCAAAUGACAUGUAAUUUAGAGGAAGCGCUUGGUGUAUAGUAGUAGCUAUUCACAUUACGCCAUCUGAACCUGCAGAGUAUUUGCAGCGGAGUCUGUGAUGUGUGCAUAUACGUUAGGGAUCGAUCAGCCAUUACUACACGUUUAUAAGAUGGAUGACUGAAAAAUUGCUUUUCUUAGUUUGCACUCUGGAAUGUACUCUAAAAGUCCGAGAUCCAUUCAAAGCGAGGCGGGUGGGACGGAUCACAUCAACAAUAACCCGCGAGCCACUCACACUGAAACAGAGAUGGGUGUGGCGGAUCGUGCCGAGACGAGAGUCAAUCACAGAACGACAGAGGCGGGCGGGGCGGAUCACAACACAGAGAAGCAGCGCAAUGAACAUGUUGACGCUGCAAAACCUAACAACACGCAAAUAUUCACCGAAAAUGACAAUGAAGGGACAACCACCAUGGAUACCUUGCCUCCCGAGGACCCCUGGGCAUUACCUGAACUGAAAGAUACAGGAACUCCUUGGAAAGACCUCAGUACAAAGGGGAAGAUAUUGCGUGUAGUGUGGACUUCUAUCCGAAUAUUGCUAAUCCUAGCAAGUCUGUACUUUUUCAUCUGUUCUUUGGACUUCUUAAGCUCUGCCUUCAGACUUCUAGGAGGAAAGACAGCAGGUAAAGUAUUCCAAAACAGCGAGCUUCUACAAAACCCGAUAUGUGGAGUAAUGAUAGGAGUGUUGACCACAGUUCUGGUUCAAAGUUCCUCUACAACCACGUCCAUCGUCGUCAGCAUGGUGGCAGCCGACAUUCUGACAGUGAAGUUGUCCAUCCCGAUUGUAAUGGGUGCCAAUAUCGGAACAUCGGUGACAAACACGAUUGUAUCGCUAGGGGAGAUCACCCAUCGUAAUGACUUCCGGCGAGCAUUCGCUGGAGCCACUGUGCAUGACAUGUUUAAUUGGCUUUCUGUCAUAGUCUUGCUUCCAUUGGAAGUUGCAACAGGUUAUUUAUAUCAUCUGUCUGGGGCUGUAAUAGAAAGCAUGCAACUUGCAACCUACGAAGACGCUAAUAAAGAUUUGCUAAAGGCGGCGACGAAACCCUUCACCAAGUUAAUCAUUGAAGUAGAUUCUAAGAAGAUAAACAUGAUAGCUAAAGGAGAUGGGAAAGAAGACUACAGAUUACUGAAAACGUGCUGUCGGUCCAAAUCCAUCCCCGCUACCAAUGAAACUGGAUACAAUUUUACACAGUCCAUAUGUCUUAAAAAUUGUUCCCAUUUGUUCGUCGAUUCCCCAUUGUCCGAUUCUGAGAUAGGAAUCAUCAUGCUCGUUCUCUCUCUCGCACUUCUCUGUCUAUGCUUGUUUGGAAUUGUCAAGUUGCUAAACUCUCUACUACAUGGAAACAUUCGUAGAAUUAUCAAAAAGUUUGUGAAUUAUGAUUUCCCUGGAAAAGCGGCAUAUUUCACGGGAUACAUAGCCAUUGUGAUCGGGAUGGGCUUUACUAUAUUGGUCCAAUCUAGUUCUAUUUUCACCUCCACUUUGACCCCUUUGGUGGGGGUGGGGGUCGUCAGUAUUGAUCGAAUGUAUCCUUUGAGUCUUGGAUCUAACAUUGGAACCACAACCACGGGAAUCCUAGCGGCUCUUGCGACGGAUACACGAGAUGGAACGCUUCGACUACAAAAUUCUCUUCGUGUUGCGAUGUGCCAUCUGUUCUUCAACCUUACAGCCAUUUGUAUUUGGUAUCCCAUUCCAUUUAUGAGAUUACCAAUCCGCCUAGCCAAAUUUCUCGGCAGCACCACAUCAAAGUAUCGGUGGUUUGCCCUGUUUUAUUUAGGAGUAGCGUUCUUCUUCCUACCGCUGGCUGUGUUUGGGUUGUCGCAAGGGGGAUGGGAAGUUCUUGCCGGAGUUGGCAUACCCAUCAUCUGUUUGAUUCUGGUCAUCGGUGUAGUGAACCUGCUUCAGAGAAAAAGACCCAAAUGGUUACCUAAAAAGAUUCAGAAUUGGAAGUUUUUGCCUCUUUAUUUUCGUUCACUAGAUCCUCUGGACAGACUGUUUAACCACAUGUGUGGAUUCUGUAAAAUGUGCCACCAUCACCACCACCACCAUCAUCAUCAUCAUAAUCACCAUCGCCACUAUGGUGACAAAGAUGUAAAAAUGGCCACAAAAAUGGAGAGCGAAAAGAUGGUUUAGUGUAAUAUACAACUGCUUUGGUGAACAUAUUCAAAUCGUUUAAUACACAUAUACAAUGUACACGAACUGAUCUAUUCAAAUAUGCCAUACACGUGGGUGGGUUUUUUUUUUGGAUUAACGUACUGUACUCGUGGAUUUAGUGUACCAUAGUCUUAGAACUGUAAUAAUAAUACUUUAUUUCAGGAAAGUGGCUUGGUUAAUGCACGUACUAUUCUUUCCCAGCUGAUAAUGUAUUUCUCUAUAUCAUUUUGAACGUUAUGGUGUAAUGUACUUAACACAUGCAUCUGAUAGUUUAACGUACUGUAUACCUGUAUUUUAUGGAUUAAUGUAGCAAACACCUGUCUGUUAUAUUUCAAUGUACCAAAUACAUAUACCUGCAUUU